AUGCUGCCUAUCCAGAUUGCAGAACUGGAACAAGACAAGCGUGAUUUAGAACGACAGGUCAACGAGCUAAAAGCAAAAUGUGAGCAGAUCGAAAAACGGGCUGCAGAGCAGCGUCAGGUUGAGGAGAAAAAGCAUCAAGACGAGAUUCAAUUCCUGAAGAGGAAUAACCAACAACUAAAGUGCCAUGUAGAUGCAGUCAUAGCUCAUAGCUUUCGGCUUGUCACUCAUAUCGAGGAGCUGUUGCAAAGGGGCCUCUUCAGUUCUGGUUGGGCUUUUACGAACUCCACCGGUGCUCCCAAGACACUGCACCUGAAUGUGAUCCACGGCCUUUUAAAAAUGCAAAUAGAAAUUGACUACUGCUGA